AUGGAGGAGGCCACAGAGGUGCGCACGGAUGGCAACUCCCUCCUUAAAGCCGUCUACCUCUGCCGCCUGCGGCUAACGAGGCUACUGCUAGAGGGCGGAGCUUACAUUAACGAGAGUAAUGAACGCGGAGAGACUCCGCUCAUGGUUGCCUGUAAGACACACCACAGCGACGCUCAAAGCGUACCCAAAUCGAAGAUCGUCAGGUACUUGCUGGAGAGUGGUGCAGACCCAAACAUCCAGGACAAGUCUGGAAAGACAGCUCUUAUGCAUGCCUGUGUGGAGCGGGCCGGGGAGGAGGUCCUGUCCCUGUUGUUGUCUAGUGGAGCUGAUCCAAGUCUGGAGGACCACUCUGGUUCCUCUGCCCUAGUGUAUGCGGUCAAUGCUGGGGACAAAGACGUCCUGAGAGUCCUUCUGGAUGCUUGCAAGGCCAAAGGCAAAGAGGUCAUAAUCAUCACCACCGACAAACUUCCCUCUGGACGACAGAUGACCAAACAGUACCUAAAUGUGCCUCCUCCUCCAGAUCUGGAGGAUCGGUUGCACUGCACCUCAGCAGCUUGCAUGUCCCCGUCCGAAAUCCAACUCUGUACCUCUCACCACCCUACGCCAAGCCCCCCUCCUGAGACCCAGCUCUUCCAGCGGAGAGACGACCAGAGCCUGGGUUCUUCCGCCACGACUACGGCGUCCAAACCCAGUUCGCCAACUCGCGACCCAAGCACGCUACGAUCAGUGGGGGUGGCCAAGCUUCUCCACUUGCAGAGGCUCCAUUCAGAACCGUGGUUGAAGAUUCCUCCAUCUCUCCUCCUGCAGCAUAGCAAAACCUCGUCCUUGACGGAGGAACUUCAGGACAUCACACCCGAGGAGGAACGAUUGUUCGGCUUCAACAGGCACUAUUUCCCACGACGCGCCAUGCCCGUGUCCCGCCACCAGAGCAUAGAUGUUAAAGAUGCUGCGGGGUUGCUGAAGGCUCUGGAGCAGGCGGCUGAGCCUGAGAGAGACGAGGGAACCGACGCCAUCGUGGGCGGCCGCAAAAUGUCUUGCGAGGGGCUGCCUUUACCGCACUCCUCUUCUCAUCACAACCUGGGGGGCGCCGCUGAACCCGCUCCCGUUGAGAAAGAUCUGGACUGCCUACCGAACCUGGCCGUGUCCAGCCUGCGAAAUGUCGUUCGCCGCAGAAACAUAGGCAUGGACCACUACAGCUCUGACUCGCAGCUGCCACAGUUCGGAAGCCAGCCUUCGGAAGACCUCAACAAAACUGGAAGUGGAGGUGCAGCGCUGCCUGAGAAACGGAAGCUGGUGUGCAGUCGCUCGUCGACCCUGUCUGGGUCAAGGGAAUCGUUGGAAACCGUGGUGCAGAGACGGAGCCCAGCCAUGCUGGAGCGAAGGGGUUCCGGCGCUCUCCUCCUUGACCACAUUUCACAAACCAGGCCUGGCUACCUGCCGCCUCUAAAUCCACACGCGCCCAUUCCUGACAUCAAAGUCAACACCAACUCCGCCUGCCAAAGCAGCGGGAGCAAGCUGGCAACAGUGCCGACCGGGGGCAUUCCAGGGUCGAGGCAUUUCAUACCCUGCGCCCCAAGCCUGCCCAGGGACCUGAAGACGAAGAACACGCUGCUGCGUAGGCACUCAAUGCAAACAGAACAAAUCAAACAACUCGUCAACUUUGAGGAGAUCUUUGGCCAAUGA